CAUGACAAACAGUUUUCUAGUUUCUUAGCUCUUCAUUUCUUGAUUUUCUUCAACAUAUUACAUACUAUGAACACUUCAGGUCAAAACCUCCUCAAAACCCUGUUGGCGAACCCAUCUGCGAUCAAAUCCAAGUCCCAGGCCACGCAGCUGCACGCCCUCAUCAUCAAAACCAGAAGCACUUCUUCUCCCUCUCUCGCCACCCUUCUUUCCAUUUACACCAACUUCAGCCUCUUACAAGAAUGUCUCUCGCUCUUCGACUCCCUCCCAUCUCCGCCGCCGCCCAAAGCCUGGAAAUCCAUCAUCAAAUGCUACUCUUCCAACGGCCUCUUCUUCGAAUCCUUGCGUUCUUUUGUCGAGAUGAGAGCUUCCGGGAAGUACCCGGACCGGAAUGUGUUCCCCUCUGUGCUUAAAGCGUGUACCCAUUUGCGGGAUUUGAGGCUCGGUGAGUCUGUUCAUGGGUAUGUUGUGAGGUGUGGGUUGGAUUGCGAUCUUUAUACUGGGAAUGCACUCAUGAAUAUGUAUGCCAAGUUGCAGGAGUUGGAUGACCCCAACAUGUUCGAUGAAAUUCCCGAAAGAAAGCAAAUUGAUGCAUCUAACAGUGUGUUUGAAUUGACUGGUGAUUCAAGGAGUAAUAUUGAUGGGGUGGUACAAGUCCCUGGUUUGUGUCAUACUAACCAAAAUGGAGAGAGGAGAAUAAAUAAAGCUUUGAAAGUGGAUAGUGUUAGGAAAUUGUUCGAGGUGAUGCCAAAUAGGGAUAUUGUUACCUGGAACACAGUCAUUGGGGGUAAUGUACAAAAUAGGAUGUAUGAGGAAGCUCUAGAGAUGGUUAGGGAGAUGGGGAAUUCUGAUUUGAAGCCCAACAGUUUCACUUUGUCCAGUAUCCUUCCUAUCUUUGCUGAGCAUGUGGAUGUCUUGAAGGGAAAAGAAAUACAUGGUUAUGCAAUUAGGCAUGGGUUUGAUAAAGAUGUGUUUAUUGGGAGUAGUUUGAUUGAUAUGUAUGCCAAUUGUACUCUGGUGGAAGAUGCAUACCGGGUUUUCUGUGAGUUAGCUGAAAAGGAUGACGUUUCGUGGAAUUCAAUCAUUGCAGGAUUUGUGCAAAAUGGUAUGUUUGAUGAAGGGCUGAAGUUGUUUAGGGAGAUGCUAGCUGCUAAUAAAGAACCUCUGCCGGUAUCUUUCUCUAGUAUAAUGCCAGCCUGUGCUAAUUUGACAACACUGCAUUUGGGAAAGCAACUCCAUGCAUACAUAAUUAGAACUGGUUUUGUUGAUAAUAUGUACAUAUCUAGCUCACUGGUGGAUAUGUAUGCAAAAUGCGGGAAGAUCAUGAUAGCUCGGUGGAUUUUUGAUAAGAUGGUGUUACGUGAUUCAAUCUCAUGGACAGCCAUGAUCAUGGGGUAUGCACUGCAUGGAUAUGCACGUGAAGCCAUCCUCUUAUUUGAGAAGAUGGAAAUGGAGGGAGUCAAGCCUAACUCUGUGGCCUAUGUAGCUGUUUUAACUGCUUGCAGCCAUGCUGGUUUAAUAGAUGAGGGCUGGAAACAUUUUACAACUAUGAGACACAAAUAUGGGAUAUCCCCAGGGCUUGAGCACUAUGCUGCGGUUGCAGACCUUUUUGGCCGAGCAGGGAGACUAGUGGAAGCAUAUGAAUUAAUCUCUAGCAUGCAUAUUAAACCAACUGGGAGUGUUUGGUCCACUUUGUUGUCAGCUUGCAGAGUUCACAAAAAUGUUGAACUUGCUGAAAAAGUUGCCAAUGAAAUAACUAAAGUUGAUCCCGAGAAUUUGGGUCCCUAUGUACUCUUGUCAAAUAUGUAUUCUGUUACUGGACGAUGGAAAGAUGCACUAAAACUUAGAAAAAAUAUGAAGAAGAAAGGAAUGAGAAAGACACCAGCUUGCAGCUGGGUUGAAGUUAAGAACAAAGUACAUGCUUUUGUCUCUGGAGACAAAUCUCAUCCACAAUAUAUUCAGAUAGAAAUGGCAUUGCAAGACAUUUUAGAACGGUUGAAAUUAGAAGGAUAUGUUCCUGAGACGAGUGAGGCAUUACAUGAUGUUGAUGAGGAGCAGAAGCAUGGUUUAUUUUUUGCUCACAGUGAACGGCUUGCAAUAGCAUUCGCAAUUAUUAACACACCCGCAGGGACAACAAUCCGGGUGACAAAGAAUCUUCGGGUAUGCGUGGACUGUCACACAGCCACUAAGUUCAUAUCCAAGAUUAUGGGGAGGGAGAUAAUUGUUAGAGACAAUAAUAGAUAUCACCAUUUUAAAGACGGGGUAUGCUCAUGUGGAGAUUAUUGGUGAAACAAAUUGUCAUGUUACUUUUGAAAUUGAGCAUGAAAGAGUUGUCAUGUAGCCAUGCAAUUGAGGAAACGCAUAUCUACGGAGCUUCAAAGGGAAAUGAAAUGGAGGAACUCAGCAACUCAGCUAUUGUAGUCUUAAUUUGCUCAUAUAGCAACAAGUCAGCUGCCAAAGUUGGUAAAGCUACAUUGACACUCCAAUUUCUAGAAAGCUUGCACUACUCUUUUGCUGUGGAGACAUUUGCUAGAAGGAAUGGUUGCACUAAGGAUUCUUCAAGAGUUGCCAUUUCAGUUGCUGCAGUGUGGGGUAGGUAGAGCCUAAAUCUUUUCUCUGCACAUUUUACUCCUUAGCAAGAUGAUUCUGUUAGAAUGUGCACACUACCAAAAACCAUUUUUCAUCAACCAAAAGAAUACGGCCUGUAUUCUCCAUUUCCACCCUUGCUGCUGCCACUUUUGGUUGCCAAGAUGGUACACAUAGAAGCUUUGGGCUUCUGACUAUUGGCACAGCUGCACAGGAAGGACAUAUACGCCACUUGCUUUAAUAAACUAAUCUGUCGGAUCGUUGGAAAUAUUGUAGAAACUAAAGCUAUCUCAUCAUUGAAUGGGUUCUCCUGUAGAUGACCCUUGGCUAAACUGCUCAAAUGGGCCAAGGGGAGGGGUGAGGGCAUGAAUGAUGGAUCAAACAUUCAUUAUUUAUAUGGUCCAGAGAAAUAAAUUGUAUUAGGACAUCAGUGAGUAUGAUGAUUUUGUGCUGAUUAUAUGAUAAUAAAGGUAUUGACUUGAUUUAUAAGUAUUAGAGUAUAAAGAAAUAUUUGUUGUUGUUGUUGUUGUCA